AUGGAUAUCAUUUCUCUACCAUUUACAGGCACAUGGAGAAGAUACUGGAGAAGAAAGCGAUACCAAAGACUUGAUGGAGGAAUAAGAGGAAGGAAGAACAUGAAGGUAGUAAGAAUUGGAGAUCGAGGAAGUCCGAAAAGGGGUUGGAAGAUCAGAACAGCAGCGAAGCUGAGAAUUUUAAAAGUUGUUACUUCUCCAUUGAAGCUUAUUGGGAAGCUGAGAAGCGCUUAUGUAAAUAUGAUGCUUAAUUGGGCUGGAAAUGAUAAUGUUUUCGGGAAUAAAAGGAUUCCAAAAGCAAGACAAGUUCCUAUUGCUGCAUAUUCUAAUGAAGAAUUUGAGACCAGGCUUGUUUAUGAGAUUUAUAAGGCCUUGAAAGCAACUCAGUAG